UUUUAGAAAAAUUUAGAGAGGAAUAAAAAAAGAGGGAAGCCUCUCUCCUCUAUGGCCGGAUCGACUCGGCCGCUUCUCUCCGAUUCCUUCACUGACUCGUCCGAUUUCAGGCCCCCACCGCCGCCUCCACCGCUCCCGCCGCCACGAUCGCUCGACUCAACGAUCGAGCGGUGCAUCGGCCGGUUCGGGUGGGCUCAAUUCCUCCAAGCUGCUCUAGUCUCCUCGGCCUGGGUCUUCGAUGCCCAACAGACAUUCAUCACCGUCUUCACCGACGCUGAGCCCUCAUGGCACUGCACCAUGGCAGGCCGAGUCGACUCGGUCUGCGACUCGUUCACCACCUCCAAGGUUUGUGGCCUACCUGAAAACGCUUGGUCUUGGGAUUUCUCCCCGCACGUGUCGAUCAUAUCGGAGUGGGGCCUACAAUGCGCGAGUUCGCUCGUCAAGGGCUUGCCGGCUUCGUCGUUCUUCUUCGGGUGCCUCAUCGGUGGCUCGAUCUUGGCGACCCUCGCCGACUCAUCGCUAGGUCGGAAAAACAUGCUCUUGUUGUCGUGUCUCAUGAUGUCUUUUUCAUCGAUGUUGACGGCUUUCUCCACGAACAUAUGGGUUUACGCCUUCUUGAGAUUCGUCAACGGAUUCGGUCGUGCCACGAUCGGGACGUGUGCUCUCGUUUUAUCGACGGAGUUGGUCGGGAAGAAAUGGCGUGGACAAGUCGGUGUGAUGGGUUUCUUCUGCUUCACGUUAGGAUUCUUGUCCCUCCCCCUCAUGGGUUACAUCAACGAGGGAAGAUCUUGGAGGGUUCUUUACCUUUGGACAUCGAUUCCGACCAUAGUUUACUGCUUUCUGGUCUGGAUCUUCGUACGCGAAUCUCCGAGGUGGCUUCUCGUAAAGGGUCGUAAAGAAGAAGCCGUUUCGAUCCUUCGAAGCAUAGCUGCUCCUACUGACAGAAAUGGCGGUCUCGUCACAAUGAGCUUCUCAAACUUGCCAUUCGAGCAAGAAGAGGGAUCCAACUUAGACGUUUACGCAGCAAUGAAGUCCCUUGUCCAGAAAAAAUGGUCUCUGAGAAGAUUAUCCGCAGUUAUGGCGGUCGGAUUCGGCAUUGGAGUGGUCUACUACGGAAUGCCAUUAGCCCUAACCAAUCUGAACUUCAACCUUUACUUGGGUGUCACGCUUAAUGCUCUGUCCGAACUGCCGGCUUCUCUGAUAACGUUCUUCUUCAUCGACAAGCUCAGCAGACGAAACGCCCUUAUAGGAUUCACCGCCUUGAGCGGAAUCUCGAGCAUUCUCAUAGUGGUUCUCGAUCAUUUCGACAUAUCUCACGGGUUAUUACAGAUAGUGCUGGAGCUGGUUUCGUUCUUCAGUGCAUGUUCAGCUUUCAACAUGGAGCUGAUAUACACGAUUGAGCUGUUCCCGACGUGCGUGAGGAACUCGGCGAUAGCGAUGGUGAGGCAAGCUUUAGUACUCGGCGGCGUGUUCUCGCCGGUGAUGGUGGCGGCUGGUCGGGACAACCACUUCUGGUCGUACGGACUGUUCGGUUUGGCGAUAGGGUUGUUCGGUUUGUUCGUCGUCGGGUUGCCGGAGACUAGAGGAAGUGUUCUUUGCGAUACCAUGGACGAGGAAGAGUCCAAGGAGAGGCAAAGGGACAACGAUCUUGAUCAUGAUGAUGGCGAUGAUUAUGAAGUUCUUGCUUGAUGAUUACGGAUUCGGGUUGAUUAUUAAUUGUAGAUUUCGUUAGUGCGUCAAAAUCGAUUGAUGUAAAAAAAAAUAGUGAAUAUAUAAACAAACGUGGGGUGUUGUUAUCAUUAUAAUUA